AUGGAUGAUGAGAACCUGCUCUCCGAGAUCCUCCUCCGCCUCCCCCCGCUGCCGUCCUCCCUCCCCCGCGCCUCCGCCGUCUGCAGGCGCUGGCGCCUCCUCGUCUCCGACCCAGGAUUCUCCCGCCGCUUCCGCAUCCACCACCGCCCUCUGGAGGCCCCUAAUCGUGUCCCUCCGGAGCGAUUCUCCUUCGAGGACGACGGCGGCCGUCGCUCCGUGAUCCUCGGAUGCCGCCAUGGCCUAGCACUCUUCUUCCUCCCAUCUUCGAACCAGAUCCUGGUGUGGGAUUCUGUCACCUCCGACCAGCACCGCGUCGCCGUUCCUCCAGAGUUUGAGAGAGAUGGAUUGCAGAUCAUAAUCCAGGGGGCGGUGCUUCGGGUGGCUGCCGGAGAGGUUCACUUCCGAGUGGUCUUGACAGUGGUGGACUUCGAGGACAAACGAGCCCUCGCCCGUGUUUACUCCUCAGCGACCGGCAUAUGGUGUUGCUUCAUGGGUGCUAGGAAGAACUUCUGA